AUGAGCGGGUUCUGGAAAAGCUUGGCGUUGUUGCUGAACGUUCUAAUUUCGAUCGAGUCCGAGUUGCUGGAGUCUGGAACCAACGAAUGGUCCGAAACGGUAUUAUUAGUUGCAAAGUUGUCUUUCAGAACCACGAGUCUGAAAAUUCGCAGGUUCUUGAUCAUCUUCUUUUGGAAGAUCUCAAACCCUUUAUCAAAGAUGAACUGCUGUUGGAGUUUGGCUAUUUUCAGUCCCUUGGAAAUCAGAUCGAAAUCGUCCAUCGCGUCGUACGCUCUCCAGAAAUUGGCCACAAACUGUGACUCUCGUCUUUUGAUCAAUGUGCGUAUAUCUUUCUCGUCCUCCUCUUGCUCUGGCGUAGCCGGCCGUGUUUUUGGGGCCUGGUCGCUGACCAACUCUCCAUCGUAUUCCAAUAGUGCCGUCACGGCUUCCACAAAAUCACACGCAGAAACAGACCCAUGGAACCCAAAGUUGCGCACAAACCCGUCCCUGAUAACGUCUGUGAGCCCAAACUGA